UAGAAUAUUAUGUAAUAAUUAAUAAUAUAAUAUUUUUCUAACGAAAAAAUUGCUGGCUUGUUAAACUGAAAUUGUAAAUACGAAUGUAUUUAACAACUACCAGCAAUCAACAAAUAGAUACAAAUAUUGUUUAGUAUUCAGUGUUCUACACAACAGUUUAAUGUAAUAUGUUAUUCAUCGUUUCGUCAUAAUACAAUUAUAUUGUUAAAGCAUAAAACAUGUUUAAAAUCAUAUUAUCCUUUCUCGUCCUGAUCUAUCCGAUCACUACGAUAGCGUUAAACGUCGGUACAGCGCUGUACAGUAUCGACGACGUUGCAUCAGCUAAAACGUGGACAACAGAAGAUGUGGCGAUCUUGCGCACUCGCAUGCUAAUGGAUGAGUUGAUUCCAAAAAAUGUGGUCAAUGGAAGAUUGUUCCUCGACUAUGUACGGAUAAUUUUUAAAAAAUUUGACACCAUCUCAGACGACCGGACAAAGAAAAACGCCAUGAUAUCGGCUGCUGAUGUGAUUGGUGGAUAUCUUCAAGGGGUGAUGUUGCCACACGUAAAGGAUAGAUAUUAUAAGGGUCUCGAGAGCUAUGAAGUUACCAACGAGCUGCACGCUUUGGCACGGAAGAUCAAGUUCAUUUUGGAUACCGACGGUCGUGGUUGGAUGAUGCCCGUAGACGCAGGACAGCGGAGCACGGCUGUCACCACCACUGAAAACGACGACACAGACCAUCCCAUUUUCGAGGAGACGGAAAACCCGUGUGCGGCCCUACAGAUGUACGUCGUACCAUCGGACAGCGAAUUUACCGCCGUACCGUUACCGGUGUUCGACGACAACUCGAAUCCGGGGUCGCUGGCGUUCCCGUUCGUCGUUGGCAAGCGGCUGUUCGCCGUUGACAGGCCGUGGCUGACGGCCGACGACCGGCGUCCGUUGCUCGUCAGGUACUACCGGUUGGCUGUCGGUUGCACGUCGUCCGCGCCUCAGCAGUUCCGGGCAGACAUGCACCGUUGGUUGGACAGCGUGGUGGUACCGUUGUUGGCAGACCGCAACAGAUGGUUUCCCGUGCUGGCCGGGGCGACGCGCGUCGUCCGAGCCGCAGCCAAGGCGGCCACCAUCGACGCAACUGUGGGUGGCCGUCAUAAACGGAAGGUUGCGGAAAAUAAUAAUACCGAGUUAAAUGCGGCAAACAACGACCGGGAUGAUGAGGUCCGCCGGUCGUGUGACGACGGGUCGGACAGUCGAGUACCCAACUCCAACGUGUCCUUGGCCGUUAUCCUAAUCUCACUCGCGUCUACCUGGUUAUUGUUUUGGGCAUUCGGCUCCGAACGGCAAUCGCAGACUGUGACGUACAGUAAAAGACCGGCAUUUUCCGCAUAA